UUGUGGGAGUGUGUACCACGACAAUUAAACGACGUCGCCUUUGGCCUGAGCUUCGCGCUUCAGCCUCUGCAGUCUGCCCCCCUCUGUUCUUUCCGCCGCUCCUUUCUCUCGUCUUCGCAGGAAGCUCAGCUAUGGCGUUAACCAAAUCAACCCUCCAUUUCCGCCGCUUUCUCUCUCCCACUCCGCUGCGAAUUCUCAAGCCCUACUUUCUCUCUUCAGCUUCAGAAGCACCUCUUCAAGAGAACGACACCCCAGACGACGAUUCCCAACCUGCCCCUGCCCCCUACCUGUCCGCCGACGAAACCCUAAUUGCCGACAAAUUCCAUUCUCUAAUCAAAGAUCACCACCGCAAUAACCCCAACCCGAAUCCCAACCCCACUCCCCCGAAUCCCACCUUCACGAUCCCUGCUCUCUCGCAAGACUUCUCCCAAAUCUCCGCCGUCCAUUCAGUAUCUCCUUCCGUCGUCCGCCGCGUUAUCGAAAAGUGUGGCGGCGUCCGCCACGGCAUCCCUCUGGUCCAGGCAGUUGCUUUUUUCAACUGGGCCACGGCCCGCGACGGGUUCGAGCAGAAGUCGGAGCCAUACAACGAGAUGGUCGACCUCGCCGGAAAGGUGAGGCAGUUCGAUUUGGCUUGGCACGUGAUCGACCUGAUGAAGGCACGGAAUGUUGAAAUUACGGUCGAGACCUUCUCGAUUCUUGUCAGGCGGUACGUGAGGGCCGGAUUGGCUGCGGAGGCGGUGCACGCGUUUAAUCGUAUGGAGGAGUACGGUUGCGAGCCUGAUAGGAUGGCAUUCACGGUAGUGAUUGGGAUUCUGUGCAAGAAGAGAAGGGCCAGUGAAGCGCAGUCGUUUUUCGAUAGCUUGAAGCAUAAAUUUGAAGUUGAUGUUGUUCUGUACACUAGCUUGGUUAAUGGCUGGUGUCGAGCUGGUAAUAUCUCGGAGGCUGAGAUGUUUCGGGACAUGAAGGCAGCUGGGAUCAUGCCGAAUGUGUAUACUUACAGCAUUGUGAUGGAUGGUUUGUGUAGGUGCGGCCAAAUUACGCGCGCCCAUGAUGUUUUCGCGGAGAUGAUUGAUGCCGGUUGCCAGCCAAAUUCGAUCACUUUCAAUAAUCUGAUGAGGGUUCAUGUGAAAGCUGGCCGGACUGAGAAGGUGUUGCAGGUUUAUAAUCAGAUGAAGAGGCUGGGAUGCAAUGCGGAUGCCAUUACUUAUAAUUUUCUUAUAGAGUGUCAUUGUAAGGACGAGAAUCUUGAAGAUGCAGUUAAGGUGCUCGAUCUGAUGGUUAAGAAAGGCUGCACCCCGAAUGCAUCGAGUUUCAAUCCCAUAUUUCGGUGCAUUGCGAAGUUGAAGGAUGUGAACGGUGCUCACAGAAUGUAUGCUAAGAUGAAGGAGUUGAAGUGCGAGUUGAACACGGUGACCUACAAUAUAUUAAUGCAGAUGUUUGUUGAGUCUAAAUCUACUCAUAUGGUGCUGAAGCUGAAGAGGGAAAUGGAUGAGAACCAAGUCGAGCCGAACGUGAACACGUACAAGGUCUUGAUCUCCAUGUACUGUGGAAUGGGGCAUUGGAACAAUGCCUACAGGUUUUGCAGGGAGAUGAUUGAGGAGAAAUGCUUGAAACCGAGUAUGCCGGUUUAUGAGAUGGUUCUAGAACAGUUGAGGAAAGCAGGGCAGUUGAAGAAGCAUGAGGAGUUGGUGGAGAAGAUGGUCGAUAGGGGCUUCGUUACACGGCCGUUGGCUGUGUAGUCUGUAUUAGAUUAGUCGUCGGAUUACCUGUUUUCGUUAUGGAUUGAUGUUUGAGAGUUGGGAUCACAAUUUUGACAAUUUCUUACAGAAAACUGUUACGCAGCUGAGCUUCCUGUAACCUUUUUGUUGACUGUAUAAUUAUUGUCAUAAUCUUACAUCAAGGUUGUUGUUA